CCGAGUUUUGUUUCAGAAUCAUAUAAUCUGACCAAGGAGUUUGGGUUACUACAGAGUGUUGAGGGAGACUUAUAUGCCGUACUUGGUAGUGGACGCCCGACAUGCCCUCAGCUACCCAGAAGGCCACCUCCUGCAAGCGUUGAAGAAGGGCGACCGCCGGUUCUCAUGCCGAGCCUUCCUCGUAGAUCUUAGCCUUCGCUCCACGGCAACUUUGGCCUUUGAUUUAUUAGAGCGUGUGGACCUGUAUCUGUGGCCCUACACCCGUGUCCUCUUCCUCGGGGGCUCGGAGGGCGUGCAGGAGGCUCUCAGACACCACGCCCUCCGCAACACCGCACAUGCCCUCUACCUGGCCCUCGAUGACCUUCAGGCGAGGGAUUUCCUGACGCUGAGGGUGAGGGGCGGGAUGGCUGGCAGGAGGUCAGUCAACGAGGAUGUCCCUGCAGGUGACGGUGAUGGGGGAGGGAGGCGCUGGGUGCACUGCUACAGCCGCUGCCUUUACUGUGACUCUGGCCACGUGGACGUGAUUCUGCUCGACCAGUGGAGUCCUCUCACAGGCUUCAAGAAAGGAAUCAAGCUCUUCCCAGAUCAGUUCCGAGACUUCAUGGGUCACACCUUCAAGAUUGUGACGCUAGACUGGUUCCCCUUCAUGGAGUUCCGUCGGGAUAGUGAUGCCGAGGCCACCACCGUCACCCCACAAGACUCCAUCGACGUACGGAUGCUCACCGCCAUCUCCCACGCCCUCAACUUCACUUAUGAGAUGCGGGUACCUUGGGACAAUCAGUGGGGGACGUCAACGGAGAGCGGCAACUGGACUGGGGUGGUCGGCACUCUGCAGCACCACAAGGCAGAUUUCUCCAUGGUGCUCUCCUGGAUGCGUGGACGUUACCAGGUUGUCGACUAUACGCGCAUCUACGCCUCUGAACCCAUCGUUAUGAUCAUGUCAAAGCCUCGCCCUCUACCUCAGUAUUUGGCUCUCGUGCGUCCCUUUACAGGAGCGCUGUGGGCGGCGGUGUUCGUGUCGAGUGUAUCUGCGGGGUUGAUCCUGUGGGCGCUGCAGAGGGGGUGGUCAAGGGCCUCUGGUCGUCGAGGCCUCCCACUGGAUAUUUCCGUCCUCUACACCUGGAGCAUCCUGUUCGAAGAGCCGCCACCAGGUAUACCCACCAACACCUCCGGCCAGAUGUUCGUGGGGUGGUGGUGGCUGUACUGUACAAUCAUUACGGUGGUGUAUCGCUCCUCACUGAUCGCCCACCUCUCCGUGCCCGGCACCUCCCCUGCUAUUGACUCCUUCCAACAGCUGGUGCAGGAGGAUGGAUGGAGUUGGGGAUACGAGCCCAGUUAUGGCGCCGGCUGGGAAUGGUUCAAGCGCAACACCAACCCCACCAUCCAGACUAUCUUCCAGGGUAUGGAGGUGAUGGAAUUCCCAGAACAGAUGGAGCGUGUGUUGAAGGGCCAACACGCCCUCAUCACCUGGAAGUACAAGAUAAAGUCGCUUAUUGCCGCCCUCUAUACUGACGACUUCGGGUACACGCCCAUCUACAUUGCCCGGGAGGAGUACUUCAACUACGGUGGCUAUGGCUGGUCCUUCAGGAAGGGGACCCCGUUCAGGCGAGCCAUCGACAUGCAGAAGCAGCGACUGAUCGAAUCUGGCUUCAUUAGUCACUGGAUGAACGAGCUUAUCGGAUCGGCAGCCAAGAAGGCACGAGAGGAGCAGACGGGCGACUCUCAGCAGGUGGAGGAGUGGAAGCGGGAUCAGCAGGAUAAAUGCUUGAGACAUGUCUGGUGCCAAGGCUCGAUGAAGAAGGUAGAACUUGAUAUAUUAAAGACUUUGGGUCAACAAAAACCUUUGCCUCCACUUAUGGACGAUGUUCAGGAUAGUGGAAUAUCAUCGGUGGGAGAGCUUGCGGGUCACAUUGAAAGUGGCUCUGACACUACUUCCUUUUUGGCUGGUCACACCAAAAAUUCCUGUUGGAAUGUCUUCAAGGAGCAUCAGAAUCUUUUGAAAUUACUUGGUAAAGGUGAUCUCUGUGAGAAAGCAGUCCACGAUGCCGAAGAGUUCAUUUGCAGAGUCUACAAGUGCGAUGCAGCUGCAUCAGUCGAGCCCACGCCUUAG